AUGGCCUCCUUAAAAAUCAACAGCGCUCGCCUCAACGAGACUCUCCAGUCCACCUGCACGCAAUGGGGAGCUCUAUCUACGUCGACGGGCAUGUGCCGGUUGACACUAAGCCAGGAAGACAAAAAUGUGCGGGACUGGCUUGUGAAUCAAUGUAAAGAGAUUGGAUGUGAAAUCAAGGUAGAUCAGAUGGGCAAUAUUUUUGCUAUUCGCCCUGGUACUGCUACAGACAAGUUGCCCAUUGGCUUGGGAAGUCAUCUAGAUACACAGCCAGCUGGGGGUAGAUAUGAUGGUAUUCUCGGCGUCCAAGCAGCCCUCGAAGUCCUCCGUACUCUCCACGAGAACGACGUCAAAACCCACCGUCCCAUCGCGCUUAUAGACUGGACAAACGAGGAAGGCGCACGCUUUCCCGGGGCCAUGAUGUCGUCUGGUGUGUGGAGCACGAAGAGCUCUGCGCCGCUGGAGGCUUGUUGGGGCCUGAGGGACACAGAGGGUGUGACAAUGCAGGACGCGUUGGAGGAGAUCGGAUAUCUGGGGACGACGCCGUGCGACUACCGGGAGAACGGUCUGGAGUGUCACUUUGAACUCCACAUAGAACAAGGCCCUUUACUGGAGCGAGAAGGUAAGAGCGUGGGCGUUGUUACAGCCGUGCAGGGCAUGAAGUGGUUUGCUGUGCGCGUUACUGGCGUGGAGGGGCACUCAGGAACAACUCCAAUGGAUAACCGCUCUGACGCUCUCGUAACUGCGUCGCGUCUCAUAUCGGCUGUUCGCGACGCGGCAUCUCGCACUGGCCUCGGCGUAGCAACCGUAGGUGUAAUAAAGAGUGACACAUCAAGCCAGGCAACUAUUCCAGCAGGGGUCGAGUUCAUCAUAGACGUACGUUGCUCAACGGACGAUAUGGUAGACGCGCUGGCAACCGAAAUUUUCAAGUCUUUCGACGCUGUCGUCGCAGAGGAGGAAAAUGCGACGUCGUACGACGUCACGCGAACAUGGGGCCUGCCAGAGUCGAAAUUCCAUGAGAACUGCAUCAAUGCCGUGAGGCGAGCUGCGCUAGGAGAAGUCGCAGAAAGCCAGAUCAUGGACAUGAAGUCGCGUGCUGGUCACGACAGCGCGUGGACAUCGAGAGUCGUUCCGACCAGUAUGAUUUUUGUCCCUUCGAAAGACGGCGUUUCCCAUAACCCGAACGAAUACACCAGUCCAGAACACUGUGCGCUCGGUGCUCAGGUGCUGCUCCAGGCGGUGCUGCGAUAUGAUGACUGCGCCAAAACUGGCGCGUUCUGA